CCCUGGCGCUCCGGCCCGGCUGCGCGGCCCGACGGGGGAUUAGCUGCGGAGUGCGUGCGGGGCUCGGAACAUGGAGGGCUACUGGCUCUUUCUCGUGCUGCUGGUCUCGGCGCUGCUGCUCGGCUUCCUCUCCGUGCUCUUCGCCCUCGUCUGGGUCUUUCAUUACCGGGAGGGGCUCAGCUGGGACGGGGGCUCGGCGGAGUUCAACUGGCACCCGGUCCUCAUCAUCACCGGCUUCAUCUUCAUCCAGGGGAUUGCCAUUAUUGUGUACAGAUUGCCCUGGACCUGGAAAUGCAGCAAACUCCUGAUUAAAUUCAUCCAUGCUGGGUUAAAUACCAUAGCAAUGAUUCUUGCAAUUGUUUCUCUGGUAGCUGUUUUUGAUUUCCACAAUGCCAAGAACAUUCCCAACAUGUACAGUCUGCACAGCUGGAUUGGACUGACUGCUGUUAUAUUUUAUACUCUGCAGCUUGUCUUAGGUUUUGCUGUCUUUCUGCUGCCCUUUGCUCCAGUUUCUCUUCGAGCAUCUCUCAUGCCAAUACAUAUUUAUUCUGGCCUCCUCAUCUUUGCAACAGUGAUUGCAACAGCUCUCAUGGGAGUCACAGAGAAACUUAUUUUUGCUCUGAAAACUCCUGCAUAUAGCACAUCUCCGCCAGAGGCGAUUUUUGUCAACACUCUCGGUCUUUUGAUUGUAAUCUUUGGUGCUCUUAUUUUGUGGAUGGCAACAAGACCCCACUGGAAGCGCCCACCAGAACAGAAUUCUAAAAUUCAGCAACCAAAUGGAGGGACACCUGAAGGUACAGAAGAGGAAUCCACUGUGACAGACUGCAGCAAUACAGAUAAAUCUGAUGUGGAGUUCAAUAGUGAAGCAGCAGCCAGAAAACGAAACCUCAAACUUGAUGAGGUAGGGCAACGGUCUACCAUGUAAAGGGAGUACACAAAAUUGAUGUAGUCUUACAUUAUAUAAAAAAAGCUAUUCCUAUCCAGCUAUUGAUUACAUUUGGUAUUUAAACAGGGAAUUUCUAUCAGGCUUGCUUAAUGCAGUUCAAUUUUUCUGCACAACUAGUAUGAGCUGAAAAGGUCUCUAAAAUUCAACAAGACCCACAUUUGUCAUGACAUUCCUUAUUGUACCUCUGUUUAAAAGAACUGAGGACUGGAAUGAAAAAACAUGUUGAGAUUUGUGCCUUUUAAAAAAAAUGUAGUAUGUUUGGAAUAAGGACGGAGUUUAAAAAAGCAUCUAAUGGGAAAAUAAUUUCUACAUCACAUCUUAAUGUAUCGGUUGUUUCUAUGCAGUUUACUAGUUUCUUUAGCCAGUUAUUAUGACUGGGACGAAAUGCUGCCCUGAGUUAUGCUGUGAAUGGACACGAAUGAGAGUUGUAUAUGCACAGCAGAGUGCAGAAUUUAUCCAUUAGCACAUGCCUAUGCUGUUUUAUAAUAUUGUUCCACUUUCUUAAGGGCCUGAUUCUCAAGCUUAUGAGCAUUCUCAAUUCCCACUGAAGUCCAUGAGAAUUGAGGUCACUCAGAAUUUUCAGAAUCACACUAUAAACAUUUUUGGCCAAAAAUUUUGAAAUUAGGAAAGAAAUUAAACAGAAUUUUUGUUGAAAUUUUCACUAAAAUGUCAUGUUUUUGACCAGCUUUUUCCAUUUAUUUUUUUUAAUGAGAGUUCAUCCACAUUUUGAAUUGGUUUUAAACCAGCUCUCAUACAUGUAUAGAUUUAUAGCCAGCAUUCACCCUUGGAUACACGUGAUUGCUACUGAAAUCCAUGGGAGCUACAAGUAAACAUCUAACGGCAGCAUUUGACCUGUCUUGAAACGUAUGCAGUUUUUGCAUUCACGUCAUUAAUAGAAUUACAAAAACUAUGUAUUGGGUCAUCGAAUCCUUUCCCUUGGCCUCUGGAACCAGUACAGUAUUGUCCUUUAUGGUUGUAUCUUAUAAGCUAAUAUUUUGAAGCCUUUUUUUUUCCGUUUUAAUCUGGAAGAGUAAGAUGAGGAAAGCAGUGUCUAAUGGUUUAAGCACGAGUAGAAAUCAGGACAUAUGGUCUAUGUCUACACUUCAGUUAGAAACCAGUGGUUAGUCUGUGCCAGCUGACUUGGGCUUAUGGGGCUUGG